GGUUAACUACUGUAUUUAACUAACAAGUGAGGGUGGGUUGUCAGAGGGUGCGACUGGAGCAAAGGAGAUAUAAACAUUUUGCAAAACAAACUGCUGGGGGUCUGCCUAGUUUUGGGGAGGGACAAAAUGCGAGGGAACAGGAGGACUGAACAGAAAAUAGUUCAACACAUGGAGAGGGCAUUUGGAAUAGUUGAAUGAAUGACAUAUGGGCAAGUUUAAAAGUUGACAGAAGAAUUGAGCAAUGCGUGUUUUGCAAGUUAUUCUUUUAAAAUAUUGAUUUUGUUGGUUGUAGUGCAACGUAUCGUGAUGUAACGUGGCUAGCCAGCUACAGUAGUUGAAGACUUUGAACAGAACAAGAUACAGUGGGACAGUGAGCGCUUUAGCUCGCAACACCUCAGUGAACUGCCAGCUUUGCUAGACUAGCAAGAACACUUCUCUUUCAGUUUAUCUUUACUCUUCUUUACGCUGUCGUCGAAUUUGUCUUACAUUUCACAGAUAAGCUUGUUGCUAACGGUUUGAUACCUGUCAAGUUUAACUUGUGGUUGUUGGACAUGGUUUUCAAUAACAGCUAGCUAGCUAAAGUUAGUCAGCCAUCAUUAAUUUGUAUUUUUCAACGUUGGACGGACUGAAUGUUCACCUUUGGGAUACUUAACGUUACUGUCAGUAAACAGCAACAAUACAACAUCAACGUUGUAUUUUAAACAAGAGACAAUAUGCAAAAGUUCAACUCGACACACACUAGUACUCUUCCUCGGGACGCUGAGCUUCAGCAGCGUUUAGCCGACAACGGGGGAGCCGGGGAGGCGAUGAAGGAAAACGGCGCUGGGAAGAAUCACAUCCUUGCAGAAUCUGCAGACAGUUCACUCUGUACCAAGAGAAAGAUGCUGGUCGCCUUGGAUGUUUUCUGUCUGUUUGUAGCCUCCAUCCCGUUCUUUGCCUGUGAGUUGAAGGCGGUGAUUCCGUACCGGAGGGGUUUCUUCUGUGGGGACCAGAGCAUCACCUACCCCUACCUGGAGAGAGAGGCCAUCCCUGACGCACUGCUCAUCGCUGGGGGCAUCGUCAUCACUGGCCUCACGAUUGCGCUGGGCGAGUGUUACCGGGUUCGUUUCCGUGAGGUGCAAUCGCGGGCCUUCGUGCGCAACUGCUACGUGUCCUGCCUCUACAAGGAGCUGGGCAGCUUCCUGUUCGGCUGCUGCGUGGGCCAAUCACUGACCAACAUGGCCAAGCUGAGCGUGGGGCGUCUGCGACCUAACUUCCUGUCGGUGUGCAACGUGACAUACGCCUCGCUCAACUGCGUCCCCGGCUCCUACGUGGCCCAGGUCACCUGCAGGCAGCACAAACACAAGAUGGUGGAAGAGGCCAGGAAGUCCUUUUUCUCUGGCCAUUCCUCUUUUGCCAUGUACACCAUGCUCUACCUGGCGUUCUACUUGCAGGCACGGUUGUCAUGGCGAGGGGCCCGUCUGCUGCGCCCGCUGCUGCAGUUCCUGCUGGUGAUGAUAGCCGUGUACACCGGGCUGAGCCGCAUCUCCGACUACCGCCACCACCCCACCGAACACACACACACACACCAAAUCACUGUAGAGUACAACCCGUCCACAUGGAGAUAUGCAUAGUAAUUUUACAGAUAUUUUUGUAUUCGAAAAACGACAAAUGUUUCUAUUUUUCAAAUGAGAGUCGUAGAUGAAGCUGCUAAUGAUAAUGAUUUGUUCCUGUUCUAAGUAGAAUAUGUUUUAUAUGUGAUGGUGGUUAGUGGGCAGUGCAUUAGGUUAGCUCUCACAAACACACGGUCRGUCAGUGUCUCUAAAUUAUCUUCAUUGGUCGUCACUUCGUUGGUCAUCCUCUGACCAGCCUGGAUGAUGAUAUCAUCAGCUGGACUCCACUUCUUCAGCUUGACGUCCCCUGACUCUAAUUCUGUGGAUGUCUCAUUGACGUUCCC